GACAUGGAAGAGCCCAGACCUUCGUGGGACAGUCCCAUGCAGUUUGUGUUCGCCUGCAUUUCAUUUGCAGUCGGGCUGGGGAAUGUAUGGCGGUUCCCUUAUCUCUGUCAGAUGCACGGUGGAGGUGGAUUUUUAAUUCCUUAUGUCAUCAUGUUAGUUUUGGAAGGACUCCCUUUGUUUUAUAUGGAGCUCUCUCUGGGACAAUUGAUGAGAAAGGGAAGCAUUGGUGCUUGGAAAGCAGUCAACCCAUAUUUGAUUGGUGUUGGUGCAGGAAGCCUUGUUAUAUCAUUCCUCGUCUCUGUGUAUUACAACGUCAUCAAUUCCUGGAGUCUUUGGUAUCUAUUUCAUUCAUUUGAGAAUCCCAUACCAUGGGCCAGCUGCCCAGUAAACCAAAACAAGACUGCAUUGAUUGAGGAAUGCACAAAAAGCUCCCCCACUGAAUAUUUCUGGUACAGAAAAACAUUAAAUAUCUCUCCAACAAUUGAUGAUACUGGUCAUAUCCACUGGGGUAUUAUUCUGUGCCUUAUACUUUCAUGGCUUUUAGUCUAUAUCUGCAUAAUUCGAGGAACGGAAUCUACUGGAAAGGUUGUCUAUGUGACUGCCUGCUUUCCAUACGCAGUGCUGUUUAUAUAUCUAAUCCGAGGAGUGACGCUACAUGGAGCAACAAGUGGAAUCAAAUACAUGUUCACUCCAAAGAUUGAGCACCUGAUGGACCCAAAGUCCUGGAUUGAUGCAGCCACACAGAUCUUCUACUCUCUCGGCCUGGGAUUUGGGAGCCUGAUUGCAUUUGCCAGUUUCAAUCAGAAAAACAACAACUGUGAGAAACAAGCAGUACUCAUUGCUUUAAUUAACAGUCUGACAUCAAUAUUUGCCAGCGUUGUCACUUUUGCCAUAUAUGGUUUCAAAGCUACAUUUAAUUAUGAAAGCUGUGUCGAAAGGAUGAUUCUUCUUCUAACAAACACAUUUGACCUGAAGGAGAACGCAAUAACGCCCGAUACACUUAACAUGUGGAAAACAUACCUGAAUUCAACAGCCCCAGACAUGUUUGCCACCAUUUCCACGCAAAUUGAAAUCUGCGAUCUGCAAUCUAACUUGGAUACGGCUGCUGAAGGCAUUGGCCUUUCGUUCAUAGUCUUCACUGAAGCCAUUGUGCACAUGCCGGGACCAUCGCAGAUCUGGGCAAUAUUGUAUUUUAUGAUGAUCUUGAUGUUGGGAAUUGGCAGCAUGCUGGGAAACAUGGCUGGGGUCAUCACUCCACUUAGUGACAUGAAGAUCAUUUCAAAGUACCUUCCAAGGGAGAUCAUGAUAGGUAUUGUGUGUCUUAUAGCUUGUGUUAUAGGAAUUGUUUUCACCACUGAAUCGGGCAACUACUGGUUUGUUAUAUUCAAUGACUAUGCAGCAACCCUGGCACUUUUACUGGUAGUUCUGAUGGAAGUUAUUGGAAUCUGUUACAUCUAUGGAAUAAGAAGAUUCCGGAAUGACAUUGAAACGAUGAUUGGACACAAGCCAAAUUUGUAUUGGACAGUUACUUGGGUUUUCGUAAGCCCUGCAUUAAUUGUGAGCCUCCUGAUUUUUUACAUUGUUGACUACAGCACAGGUGAACAGCUAUCGUACACUGCGUGGGAUUCAUCUGUGGGACGAUCAGUGCAGCGUGAAUAUCCUACUUAUGCCUUGGCUGUUAUUGGACUUCUUGUGAUUUGUUCAACAAGCUGUAUUCCUUUGAUGGCGAUUAUUACCUACAUCCGAAAACAAAUGAAAAAAGGAAGCCUACUAUAG